AUUCGGUGAUUUUCAAGUUUUUUUUUUCCCUCGAUUUGUAACAGAUUUCGGGGUUCUUUCUGUUGUAAUUGGUGUAUUAUUAGGGCUGAUUCAUAGAAUUAGGGUUUUCUGUGGUGUUUUUGUUUUGAAUGAUAUGGUGAUUUCUAGGGUUCGUUGUGAGCUUCUGUGGGUUUUGAAGGGUUUCAAGUAUUCUUGUUAUUUGCAUAAUUGAGGGCAGAUAGGCACAAUUAGGGUUUUCUGACAUUUCCUUUUUUUCAAAAAAUUGUGGUUUCUGGGUUUUGUGUGGUGGAUGAGAAGGGUUUGUUGGAAUUUUGAACGAUUUCUGGGGUUAUUUCCGUCAAUAUAGUCUCCAUCGAGAGGUUUUUAUAUGGAAAAUAUGUGGAAUUAGGUUUAUCUAAUGGUUCCUUUGGCGGAAUUUGGUGUAUUGGGUUGAUAUACUGUAUUGAAAAGGGGUUUCUGUUUGGGUUUCGGUCUUUCCUAUUUCCCGAGGUGAUUAGGAAAUUGAAUUAAGCAGUUCUGUAAGCUGCAGAUUUCUGGAACGAGGCCUUUCUAAGUUUUAUAUGGUUCACAGAAGGCUUUUCUUGCAAGAAGCAGGUUUCAAGAUUUCUAUUACUUGAAUGACAGUUGAAGGACAUAGGUUGGAAAGGUUUUAAUGGCAGCAGGAAGUGAAUUGGUGUUGAGAAAGGCAGGCAGUUGCAGUCUGAAAGAAGAGAUGGCCAAGGUGACUCUCCGCAGUAUCCGGAAUCAGGGACAUCCGUACGUCGAGCUAAGGGAAAACGGGAAACGGUUCAUCUUCUUUUGCACGUUGUGUCUCUCCCCCUGUUAUGGUGAAACCACGCUGCUCAAUCAUCUCAAAGGAAACCUUCAUGCUCAAAGGUAUGCCGGUGCCAAACUUACCCUCUUUGGAUCCACACCCUGGCCUUUUAAUGAUGGCAUCUUUUUCUUCCAUCAAUCAUCUGAAAAAGACCAACGACACUUAACAGUUUUGAAUUCUAACCAUGAUAGGAUUUCAGUUGCUAACAGUGACAACUCUGGAACUAUUAUGAGUAAUGGACAUGACAAUAUUUUGGAAGCUGAUAACGGUGACGGAAUUGGGCUUAAUGGGCAUAAUGGAAGCAUCAAUUUGAAGCCCAAUGACAUUAUUCUUGGACUUUCUUGUAAUGCCUGUGAUAAAAUUGUGAAUGCUGAUGACAACAGUCUCGAUCUGGUUAUUCCGGGUGUUCUUGUGAAUGAUGAAGUUUCUAUUUUAGGGGUAAGGUUUAUUGGGCAUGGACAUAUUGCCUCAAAGAUCUUCACAACUAAUGAAAUUAUUCCAAAGGUUAGAAGAAUAUGGUGUGCUUGGCUGGGAGAAGGGAAUUCUAGUGAUCAGGAAAUGCUAUCAGCUCCGGAUUGUGAUUUUUCCAUCAUUAUUUUCUCUUACACAUACAAUCUAGGUCGGAAAGCAGUUGUGAGUGACUUAGGCCUUCUGCCCUCUAGUCUUGGUACUGAAAUUGAGAACUUUGGAAGCAACAGAAAGAAGAAAAGGCGAUCAUUCUCUGAACCCGAUGAUAUUCAUGAAACACAGAGCGAUGAUUGUGGAUCAUCAUAUGGAGGAGAUUCUCUGUCUUCGCAUUGUUCUGCUGAAAAGGCAUUGUUUCUGCUAGAUGAUCGAUCAGAGAAUGUCUUAAUGUCCAGGCAGUGUGAAGGUCAGCUUCAAGAAACAAGGUUAGUGUUGAGCAGGGAAUGUAGGCGUGAUUUGAGGAGGCAACAACGUCUAGCAGCUGAAAGAGAUUGUGAUGUCUGUAAACAACCGAUGCUUCCUGGGAAAGAUGUUGCUACCCUUUUGAAUAGGAAGACUGGGAACCUUGCUUGCAGCAGUAGAAACACAAAUGGGGCAUUUCAUGUGUUUCAUGCUUCCUGCCUCAUACACUGGCUUCUGCUUUGUGAGUUGGAGAUAUGGAGUAAUCAAUCAGCAAAUUCAAAAGUCCAUAAUACUGUUGAUUCCAAGUCUGGGAGAAAGGGCAGAGCCAAAUCCAGCAGAAGGAAGAUUAAUGAUGAAAACUCUACAGGGACAUUCAUUUCUUCUGUAUUUUGCCCGGAAUGCCAGGGUACUGGCAUAAACAUCAAAGGAGAUGAGCUGGAGAAGCCAACUGUUCCUCUCUCUGAGAUUUUCCUUUACAAAAUAAAAGCAAUCGAAGCACACAAAGCUUGGGUGAAAAGCCCUGAAAUUCUGCAGAGAUGCUCAACAGGCCUUCAUUUUCCUUCUGCUUCUGACGAAAACUCUCAGGUUAGACAGGUUUUCUGUCUCAAGUACUGCUAAAAGCUAUCUGCAAGGGUAGGGUCUGGAAUCUUGACCUCCCUAAACGAAAAGGUGUUGCCCUUGAAGACUCUGCAUUUCUAUCAAGCAGUGGAACAGAAUAAAGCUUAACCUAAAGCUCAUAUGACACGUUAGACUCACUAGUCUCAUAUGAAACAUUAGAUUCACUAGUUUGCAAUCCACUCAAAAGUAACAGGUAGAUGACUUACAGUGCAUGCAAGAAGUACCAUUUUGUGGAUUUCUGUACCUGCAAACAGCUGACCUGUUUUACCUAGACGUAGAAAAGACAGUCCUGAAACCUUUUGUAUCCUACCGUUUCUCAUUGCUAUCAUGGUCCCAUUGGCAGAGGACCUGGGCCUUUGAUAGCUUGGUGUGGGGAACUUAACAAUGUAAACUAUGUACAAUCCUGCUGACAUGGGUGCAUAUAGCAGUGUAUAUUGCAAAGUAUUGUGAAACCAAUUUGGAGGAUAAUUGUGGAUCUAAUCGUGAAUGUAGGUUUCAGAUUCUCA